AUGUGGUUUUAUUUCUUUCAAAGUUCAUCUCCAUGGGAUUUACACAAAAUUAUAUUUGAUAUAAUUAUUGAUCUUAGACCAUGGACUUUAACUCAAUGGUUUCUUUUAACUACUAUUUCAAUGACAUUAACUACGUAUUUAAAUGUAUCUUUUUUCUCUACAAUUACGGUAAAUGUUGCUCAAGGUUUAAAAUAUCUCUUUGUAAUGAUGAUAUUUGAAAACAUUUCAUCGUAUUGUUUACUUAAACAAGGGUCAGCUAAGAAAAUUUUUGUUCUUGAUUUUCUUAAGCAUUUUCAAACAAAAUUAAAUCAACGAAUUCUUAGUGCGAAUUGGAUCAAAAUUAAAUUAUCUGAUCAAGUCGAAAUUCGACGAAAAAUGGAAGAAGCUUCAGAGUCUAUUCAAUUUCUUAUGGAAGACUUAAUUAAUCAUUUGCAAGCAUUCUCAAAAUUGAUUUUAACAAUCAUAACUGUAUUUUAUAUAUGUCCACUUGCAACUAUAUUGAUUGGUAUUGUUUAUGCAUGUUUCUAUCAUUUCUAUUUGAACAAGCAAAGUAAGAAUUUACUUGAUAUUAAAUUAAAAACCAUCGAAAAAUAUGAUAAAUUACAAUCAAAAUAUUCACGAGCAAAUGCAAACAUGUUUGAAUAUGUUAUUCAUCAUGAAAAGGAUAAGAUUGUUCAAAUUACAAAUGAAUUAAAGAUUGAUAUGGAAAAACAAUGGAUAUACUUGGUAAAUUAUGUACAUUUAUAA